AUGUCUGGCCGCGUUCUCGUCGGAGUCAAGCGAGUCAUUGACUAUGCAGUUAAGAUCCGGGUGAAGCCGGACAAGAGCGGCGUGGUGACUGAUGGCGUGAAGCACUCGAUGAACCCCUUCUGCGAGAUCGCCGUGGAGGAGGCGGUCAAGCUGAAGGAGAAGAAGCUCAUCAAGGAGGUUGUGGCAGUGAGCUGUGGGCCUCAGCAGGCACAGGAAACCAUUCGCACCGCCCUCGCCAUGGGAGCAGAUCGCGGCAUACACGUUGAGGUGUCUGGCAAGGACUACGAAAACCUAGGACCCCUCCAGGUCUCUAAGAUCAUGGCUGCUUUGGCAAAGAAGGAAGAGGCCCAGCUAGUAAUCCUUGGAAAACAGGCCAUCGACGAUGACUGCAAUCAGACGGGCCAAAUGACAGCAGCUCUACUGGACUGGCCUCAGGGCACGUUUGCGUCAGAGGUGACGCUAGAAGGCGACAAAAUGAAAGUGGUGCGUGAGAUUGACGGCGGCUUGGAGACCAUCAAGAUCAACACGCCUGCUGUGGUCACCGCCGACCUCCGACUCAACACGCCACGCUACGCCACCCUGCCUAAUAUCAUGAAAGCAAAGAAGAAGAAAAUUGCCAACGUGAAGCCAGCCGAUCUGGGCGUGGAGCUGACGUCCCGGCUGGAGGUGCUACAGGUAGACGAGCCCCCACAGAGGCAAGCUGGCAUCAAAGUGGAGACGGUGGAUGACUUGGUGGGCAAACUCAAGGAAACGGGAUGCAUAUAA